GGCACUUUCGUCAUAAAACAUUCACUAUGGUGUGCUGCAGUACAGUAGAGUUAUGUGUAGUCAAUGUAUGAUAUCCGAAUUCCAUUACUCAUUGAUUAAAUAGACCCUGCAGAUGCAGCGGAAGUGAGGUCCUGCAUGAUCGUGUCGGGGACGGUACGAUGGCUAUGGUAUUUCCUCGAUGCCCAUGCGGCUUGCGCGCCGUUGAGGCCUUUGUGAUAUGCAUCCAUGAAGCGGCGCGAGCGCGUGGCAUAUCGGACAACCCUCGGACAGACCAUCGACGGGCUCGGAAGCGCAGCGAGAGCGUGGCGAGAUCGGUGUGUGGCUGUCUGGGCGCGGGAAGAAGAGAUCUGCGGUCACCUUCCACAGCUGAACACCGGGAUCCAAGUCCGACGCGGAAUCGCUCGCGUCAUCGACAGCAUUGCAUGAUGAAGUCGGGUCAUGCAUGGGUGUUUCGGAGGACUCUGGAGAGGUUCGAGGAACCUUGCUCGGAGGAGACUGACUGCGACGGUUAUGGAAUUGUUGACAGAUGGAUCGUAACCCAGAGAAUACAGGGCCCGCUGUUUGCGGCACCGGCUGAGAGGAUACGUGCUCCUUGACACUAGCUAUAGCCUACUCGUCGCAAUGGUCAAUUGCCAUGCAAGAGGUUCCGAAAACUUUGACUUCUUUCUCGGAAUACCGAGGUUCGCGAAUCGCCAGGCAUGCUUCCGUUUAGGCAUCGUAGGUGAUGGUGCAACCGUAGGGACGGAACCGUGUUCGGUAUGCGGCGGGCGCCUACUCGCCGGAUAUGUUCUGCGGUCGUGUAAACUGCACUACACUAAGACAACACUGCGCGCGAUGAUUUCGUGAAAGAGUUCGUGUCCGGAGACCUCGAUUGAAGAUUUGUUCGUUGUCAUUUGAAUGGUACAGUACGAGUACACGAUCUAGUAUGAAUUCUUCACUUAAUGGCC